AUGCCGCUUCAACUUCGCCGCAGCGAGCUCAAAGAUCUGUCGCUGAUUGUGGAAACAUACUUUGAGGCUUUCGCCCAAGACCCAAUCCACCAGCGCUUUGCCCCGAGAGGGACCAAGUCGGCUUACGAUUUCUGGCACUCGUCGCUGGACGCCGAAAUGCGCGACCAAACCAACCACUUCCUCUCCGUCUGGGACGACUCUUCUACGCCAGAGACGUUUGUGGGCUUUGCCAAGUGGAUUGUCCCCGGAGCUCAUCCAGAGCCUCUUCCGCCGGUGGAUGCCUGGCCCAGCGAUGGCGAUCAGGAGUUUUCUUCAAUGUUCUUCGGCAGGCUGAAUGAUAUGCAUGAUGAGGCCAUGGGGGAGCGGCCGCACUGGUAUCUCGAGCUUUUGGCGGUCAGGCCUCAGUUUCAGGGCAAAGGAGCCGCCAGCCUGAUGCUGAAAUAUGGUGUUGAGAAGGCCGAUGAGGACAAGGUGGAGUGCUUUUUGGAUGCCUCUCCUGCGGGCCAGCCGAUCUAUGAGCGAUAUGGGUUUAGAGUCGUACAGACGGAUACGUUUUUGGAGGGAACUUAUAUCCAGUGUGCGAUGGCGAGAGACGCGAAGAGGUAA